UGAAACAACAGUGAAUCUGACCUUUGUUCUGUAUGUGGUGUUCGAGCGUAUUAAACAGGUAGAUGUUGCCUGUUAUCAUACGGACCUGGUGUAGGUCACUCCGCCCGCAGAUCGCGCCGCCAAUCCGCGUCACGCUUCAUGUCGCGCGCCACUACUGUUCACCGAUGACCAGGUCAAAGAACCUGCUUAAUUCAAAAGAUCCUACCGGUCUCUUGAACACGGACAUACCCAUUAACCAACCAGAGCUCAGGCCCGCACAUUCCGAGGCCGCGCCGGUAUCACCAAUAUCUCAGUGUUCGACGAAUGACGCGGAAUUUAUUGGAGACACUUUACUUUCAGCUCUAGACCUAGAUCUGAAACCUCAGCAAGAAAAUUGCAAAGUGAAACAAACCCAGGUCGGUAUAAGUAGAGAUAGUGAACUGCAGGACAAGCCAUCCCUCGGGGACACAGAGAUCCAAGAUAACAAUAUCGGAAGAUUACAACAGCCAAAGCGAAAGAAGCGGAAACCCAAAGCCGCUAAAGCUGCAAGACCCAUUGCUCAACGUUCUGAAAGAGAGGCUGCAAAAGGAAACGAUUCCAGCGCGAAGAUCAAGAAGAAGAAGCUCACAAAGAGUGAACGAAAAGAGAAAGGACGACUUGCUAUUGAAGCCAACAGAGCGAAGCUUUCACAGAAGGCAAACAUGGAAAAUGGACCGUCAGACUAUCGAGGGGGAAUGCAUCGUCAAGGACUUCGACGGAAUCAUGAUAAUCCUAGUAGGUUCUUGACAGGCGCAAAUGCUACAACAGUGGUGCCUCAACCACAGCCACCGUCCGGCACCAGCCCUCAACAAUGGCAGCCAUCUCCUCAAAUACCCUGGAAUCAACAGCAGUUAUCUAUGAACAAUGUUCCCCAAGCGACCCCUUAUGGACAGCCUACGUGGACGCCACCAAUAAUGGAAUUUAUGCCGCCUAUGCCAUCAACGUUUGGCAUGCCGGGCAGUGCCUCUUCAAAUCUCUUCACGGGUCCAACACAGGACUUCAAUAGUAUGGCUGGUCUUAGGUCGACCCAGGCACGCAACUUCUCCUCAACAGGUUCUGAGCAAGGAAGAGCUCCUGCAUUCAAACGCCUUAGCUCACCAAAACGCGAGCUCAUUCCCAGGCCGGUCCCUACGGCCGAAUAUCUUAACUUGGCCAACGGCGAGGCCAAGCCAUGUCAAGAAGCGCGAAAGAUGCUACUGGUAUUCGAUCUCAACGGAACACUCGUAUUCCGACCGAACCGUGACGCUAGUCGAUCGAAAUUGCGCCCAGGCUUAGAUAAAUUCAUGGAAUUUGUCUUUGCGAAUUUCCACGUCAUGGUAUGGUCGAGCUCGAAGCCCGAGAACGUGGAGACAAUGUGUACGUUGGCCUUCACAGACGAGCAGCGCGACAAACUAGAAGCAAAAUGGUCUCGGAAGCAGCUCCGUUUGUCUCAGCAGCACUACAAUUCUAACGUGCAAGUAUACAAGCAUCUGACAUGGAUCUUCGACUUCAAGUCUAGCAAGAUAUAUCACCCAGAUCAUCCCAACGGUGGACGCUGGGACGCUACGAAUACGAUCCUGAUUGAUGACUCGGCGCUGAAGUCAGCUGCUGAACCCUAUAAUCUGAUUGAGAUACCAGAGUGGGAUGGCCAAGCCAAAGAACAUGACCAGACUCUUCUGGUACAGUUGAUGGACUAUCUUGAUGAGAUAAGAUACUACGACAACGUUGCUUCCUGCAUUCGGCAGCAACCGUUUAGAUGGGAUAAGAGUUUGGCUUCAUGAUCUGUUAUUGUCGGUGCAUUUGUAGGAUUGAUAGAAUAUGUUGCAUGGGUCGGCGUAAGGCAUGGACUUUAGGCCCUAUUAUUCUGUCAAGCAAGGCGUCUUCUUUUUGAUAUACUCAGGCGUAUCAUAUACUGUGCGUCACAUAUCAGUAGCUUGGCUCACAGGUAUGUUCCGAUCCAGGAACAUGUUUCGAGCGUACAGGAGGGAAUUUCAGCUCAUUAGGUAUGGAGCGGCAAACGAUUAAAUACUACACACUCAAUGAAGCAAAAUUCAGCAUAGUAAAUAUGA